AUGACAAGCUCUGAAGCUCCUGUUUCAGCAUGUCGCUUUUCCACGCGCAUUUCAAUUCGAUGGCUUCCGGAAUCAGCCCAGGAGACAACAGAUACAAUCGUCAUGUCUGUGGGCGAGUGGUAUCUUGAUCUGCGAAUGGAAAAGUCAACAGGCAAGAUAGGCUGGGCGAUUGCCGGUCAAAGGCUCAUCGAAAGCCAAGAACCCCGUUCGUCGUUCCCAAUCCCCAGAUCUCCGAAAAUUGUUUCGAAAUCCAAAGCUUAUAUAGCUCUAGUCCAAGUAUCUUUCACCCAUGAGCUUGAUUCUCAGAAUUCUUUUGAAAGUGCCGACUGUGGCACCUUUGUCACUCUUCCAAAUGGCGAUGACCUUGAGACUGGGUCGAUGCCUCGGGCUGAUCGGCCAGGUGCUCCUGUGACCGAGUACGAAGAGAUAUGGAGAGAACUUCCAUUCCGUGAAGGACCUGAAGGCGCGAAGAGGGGCAUGUCCUGGGUUCUUGAGUCGGAUGAUGGAGAAUUGAGCGAGGGGAGACGACCGUGA